AUGAUUUGCGGGCGGGUGCGGGUGUCUCCUUCUCUCGCUUUCGGCUCGGGCUCGGCUGAAGUCGGACGAAUUCGGCUGGCCCAGCGCGAGACAACGCGUCGCUCACGCCGCCACGCGACGAAUACCGUGGAGUCAAACACGUAUCACCAGAUUGGACAGAGCUCCAAUGUGAGCGAGAUAGAGUUGGACCUGCUACAGGUCGGUUCUGAGCCAGUGGGCAUUCGCUGCCCCCACUGCCAAGAAGAUAUCAUGACCAGGGCCUCAUACAAGAAUGCAAGGAUCACGCAUAUUGUUGCCGUUAUUAUGGGAAUCCUCUUUUGGUGGCUGUGUUGCUGUAUUGCACCAUAUUUGGUGAAAAGGUGGAAAAAUGUGGAACACCAUUGCCCAAGAUGCAAGAAGUUUCUUGGAGUUUAUACUAGAACUUCAAUUAUUUGA